GCCCGCCUUGUCCCAGGCCUUGUCCCUCGAACAUGACAUCCAUGUGAAUUGCGUCUUUGCGCUUCUUUCUCCUUCGUUCACUGCGGCACAUCCGACUACAACUCUGUGGACUUCCGCAUCGCAUAAAAACUCUCACAGCAUCGCUUCUAGCCCUACCAGAUCAACUAGACUUUAGAGGCCACUCAACUGUCACUCCCAGCAAUGUCGACGAACAACGUCCCAACUCCGUCCAUCUCCGCCGAGGGCGACCCGGACAAGAUUGUACUUUUCGGUGACUCGCUGACCCAGUUCUCGCUCGACCCGCUCAAUUCCGGCUGGGGCUCAAUCGUGGCCAACGCCUAUGCUCGGAAGCAUGAUAUCCUUAACCGCGGCUACAGUGGCUAUAACACCGAAUGGGCCAAGCACAUCCUCCCGUCGGUUUUGGCGCCGUUGAAUCCCUCAAAACUGGCGCUGGUCAUCAUUUUGCUAGGCGCAAACGAUUCCGCACUCAAGGGUUCCAACAACCAGCACGUUACCGUAGAAGACUACCGUUCGAACCUCAAACAAAUCAUUCAAACAAUCCGCGCCUUCUCCUCAACCACCCGCAUCCUGCUCAUAUCCCCUCCCGUAGUCCAUGAGGCCAAGUGGGCCCAGUAUCUCGUCGAAAGAUGGGGCCCCGCAGCGAUCAGCAACCACACGGUCAAAGAGACACGGCGAUACCGGGACGCAUGCAUCGAGGUCGCGCGCGAGACGCAGGUACCGGUGCUGGAUACGUGGGCCAGCACAUGUUUCGGCGGCAAAUCGACAAACAAGGGCAGCGAGGAGGUGGUGUAUGAUGUGGACGUGGCUAGCGAGAUGCUGAGUGAUGGGAUUCAUCUGAGCGCGGCGGGAAAUAGUGUGUUGGGGCGGGAGGUGUUGAAGAAGAUCAAGAAGGAGUGGAAGGAGCUGGAUUGGGAGAAGGUUAACUUGAAGUGGCCUUUGUAUGACACUAUUGAUGUUAAGGACGUACCAGCAUGCUUGUUUCGUGCGUGAGCGAUAGAGGACGCAGUGUUGAGUCUCACCGAUAUGGCGUAUCCAUGUGUAGAUGUAGAUGGGCUUUUCUCGUCUUACUUUUCAACAAUAACGAUUCGCAACGGACAUCUGUUCUCCCACUCGUUUAUCCCAAAUCAUAAUAGUUGAUAAGCAUGUCUGUGACUGGAGUGAAACUUGUUCACAUCCCGCACGGUCGCAUCCAGAUUCCAAUACAGUCCAAAAGAGGACAUGCUAAUUCAUGAGAAAUCGGAGUCUCGGGGCUUCAUCGGUGGCUAUCCCUAUAGAACGCGUAUCCAUAUCCAUUUUAUACUCGAAACGCGUCGCAUUCCUGGUCCCUUCUGCGUCUUACAGAAGCACUUACAACCGGACUGGCAACUGGGAGCGAAUUGAUGAGGGCAUCCCGAGUUACGGACACUUCCUGCUUCUCUCAAAAGGUCCACGAGCCGAUCGCUCGUC